ACAGGUUCCACAAGGCAGCGCGGGACAACCGAGUCGGAAGUGUCUGCGCCUGCGCUGCGCGGGCGGGGUCUCUAGGGCGGAGCGGCCACCAUCUUGGAACGGGAGGCGGAGCAGAGCCGACUGGGAGCGACCGAGCGGGCCACCGCUGCCGCCAUGAACCCCGAAUAUGACUACCUGUUCAAGCUGCUUUUGAUUGGCGACUCGGGCGUGGGCAAGUCGUGCCUGCUUCUGCGGUUUGCUGAUGACACAUACACAGAGAGCUACAUCAGCACUAUUGGGGUGGACUUCAAGAUUCGAACCAUUGAGCUGGAUGGCAAGACCAUCAAACUUCAGAUUUGGGACACAGCUGGUCAGGAACGGUUCCGGACCAUCACUUCCAGCUACUACCGGGGUGCUCAUGGCAUUAUCGUGGUGUACGACGUCACUGACCAGGAAUCCUACGCUAAUGUGAAACAGUGGCUACAGGAGAUAGAUCGGUAUGCCAGUGAGAACGUCAAUAAACUCCUGGUAGGCAACAAGAGUGAUCUCACCACCAAGAAGGUCGUGGACAACACCACAGCCAAGGAAUUUGCAGACUCUCUGGGUGUCCCCUUCCUGGAGACCAGUGCCAAGAAUGCCACCAAUGUUGAGCAGGCAUUCAUGACAAUGGCUGCUGAGAUCAAAAAGCGGAUGGGGCCAGGAGCAGCUUCUGGGGGUGAACGGCCCAACCUGAAGAUCGACAGCACCCCUGUGAAGCCAGCUAGUGGUGGCUGUUGCUAGGAGGGGCACUUGGGGAAGGGAAGGGACACCUUCUCCAGAUGAUGCCCCUGGAGGGGGCAGGGAAGUGCCUCCCUCUCCUAGGGCAUUUGAGUCUGUGGCUUUGGGGUGUCCUGGGCUCCCCAUCUUCCUCUGGCCCAUCUGCCUUCUGCUCUGAGUCCUAGUCCUGUCAGGGCCCCCCUUGGAGGACAUGCAGAACCUGUGGCUGGGGUGGUCACAAGUACUGCUCUGCUGCUGCCUCUAGGUACCUUGAAAAGAUGCCCACCAUGCACCUUUCUUUGGAAUGAGGGCUCCGCUGCCUGUCACUCACCCCUUGUAUGCUGCACUGGGUUUCUCUUUUCCUUUCUUCCUUCCCAAUAGCUGAGGGCCUCCCUGCCUCUGCUGCCCCUGGCUGUAGGCAGUGGCCGGGGGAUCGGGGGCCUCAGAUUCAGGGUCCUGCAUCGGACCUCAGGACAGGUGAGGGGGCUGCAAAAGCCCAACAGCCCACCUUUCCUCACCCCUGCCUCGCUCCACCGCCUCCCACACUCAGAUUGAGCCGUCCAGCUGCUGUUGGGUCUUGAGCACAACUAGGGUAGGUGGGUGGAUGGCGGUGCUGGGCCUGUGUCUCAAGCCCAGAGGGAGCCUGCUCCUGCCUCCCCCUGCCCUGCCAGAGCCAGGCCCAUGUGCUGCCUGCCCACCGAGCCCCUUUGUCCCUGAGAAAGGUGGAGGCGGAAGGCCCACCGAGCCAAGGCCGGGCACCAGCCUUAACCCUCACUCUGCCAGCACCACUUCCAUUUCCCUGAGGCAGCACAUCUGGCUUGUUCUCCUUCCAUUCCUCAGAGCCUGAGGGGGGCCAGACCUACUUCUCUGGGGAAUGUAGGGGCCAUUUGGGGUUGUGGGACUCUCUCCCCCUCCCCACUCAGAAUGCCAGCCCCCACCCUCUGGCAUAGCUUCCUGCAGAAUACCUUUGGUCAUUACCUAAGAAGCCAUGUCCUUUGUGCUGUCGUCUUGCCAGUCUCGCCCCUAUACCCUCCCCACCCUUCCAGUGUGUAUUUAAAUCCCUGGGCUGCCCCUCUGGGAGGGAGCCUCUUCUCCCAGGUUCCCCUUUGGUGUCAUGUCAGGCAUUUUGCAAGGAAAAGCCACUUGGGGGAAGAUGGAAAAGGAUGAAAAAAAAUAAAUUUCCACUGGCCCUUGGAUAAGCCGAGGGUUUUUGCAAGGAA